AUGGAUGUGUCGCCGUCCGUCGAAUCGAGCCUCACCACGGGCACCACCACCAUCCAAUCGCUUCCGACCGAGGUGCUGACCGCAAUCUUUCACAACCUUCGCGUUCCCGAUCUGGCUUCGGUGCGUCAAACCUGCAGACACUGGUAUGAAAUAGUGAUCAACAACCGUACGCUUAUGAAUCGGUUUGUCCUGUCCCUGCGGAACUUCCGGAUAGAGGAAGGCGUCGAACCGUGUCUGGUGCUGGAGAAUACACGCAGCACGUUCGAGAAAGUAUGCUUAAAAUCCUGCGUCAUCAGUCCCGCCCCGAUGCUGUGGCGCUCCAUCGGUAGUCACACCGUCGAGCUGACGCUGAACGAGUGCACAAUCAGUGGCGAAACGUUGGUAGGGGUGCUACAGUCUACGCGGGAUAACUUACGGACGCUAACGAUUAAAUCUAUUAAGUUUGACGGUCCGCAAAUCUAUAACGCACCGAUCGAUUUCCGCCUGGAACGGUUACAUUCGCUCACGAUACGAUCCUCCUUCCUGUACGAUGGGUUCUUGAACCUGUUGAAGCGCAUCUGUCCCAAUCUAAAGGCGAUCAAGCUAACGUUUUCCUCGUACGAACGAUGGGGUGAACAGUUGGUGAGCUUUGUGGCAAUGUUAAGUGCCACCCUCGAAGCAAUUACACUUAGCUACACAAAAGCGACCGGUGCGUUGCUGCAGCAAAUCGGCCGUAUAAAAAAUCUACGAUUACGAAAGGUUUCAGUGAAAUCGUGCUUUGCGCUCAAGGAAUACGAUAUACUGCAGCUGGCACGCUUGCAACCAACGAUAGUGCACCUGAAUCUGGACAAUAUAUUCUCGGCCAGCGAACACUUUCUGCAUGCCCUCAGUGCCUUUCUACCGCAGAUGAAGCGCAUCAAGCUUCGGGUGGCCCGCAUCAACAACCUGCAUCGGUCGUUUUUAGUCAAGAUGCCGCAGCUAAACUACCUAAAGAUUACGGAUGCCACGCAGAUGAAGGGCAACAUUGAUCUGAGUGCGUACGAAAAUCCCGCGCUCGAGAAGCUGUUCGUAUCGGCGGCAAUGUUUUCGCGCAACACACUCCCACGGUUCUUCGAGCGCUGCCCUCACAUACGCAGCCUGACGCUGUACCAGUGUACGUACGAAAACAUUCACGAUCUGCAGAUUGCUUUUUCGCAUCUGAAAGGGCUGGAGUAUUUGAAUCUGCAGCGCACAAUCGACCUCGGUGAUAGCUUCUUCAACCGGGACGUGUUCGAUACGAUCGUGAUGCCGUUCGAGCGGAUACGGUUCUACCCGAUCGCGAACCUGCACAAGCUGUGUUAUCUCAAUCUCAGCCACUGUCGGGAUCUGUCCGAUCAGGCUCUGAUGGCGUUGCGGUUUCCGCUGCUGAAGAAGAUCGAUCUGCGGGGUUUGUACGUAACCGAGGCGGGCAUUGCGACGCUCGUGCGCGACUGUCCGCAGCUCGAGUACGUGCUGGUGGACGCCUGCAAGCGUAUCUGUGAUACCGCCGUGCUGUACCUGUGCCGGGAUCUGCGCAAUCUGCGGUUGCUGAAUCUGGAAAGCUGUAAAGCGAUCACCGACCUAUCGGUGGAACAUAUCGUGCGGCACUGUCGCAGCUUGGUGUGGUUCAAUGCGCUCAACUGUCCGCAGCUGAGCGAGGACGCGAAAGCACGGUUAAGAAACGUACGCACAAUACGAUCACUGCACGUGUGA